GACUAUUGAUACAACUUCACUUGCAGUUGAUGAAAUCAUCACCAAGACAAAUGAGCUUCUUCAGCCAAAUCCCUUAACCAGAGCAAAGCAGAGUACUGCGAUGACAGUCUCCAAGAUGAGAGGCCAGACCAAGAACUCAAGGUACCCACAACCCGAGGCCAAUCUAGGAGAAUGCUUCUUGAAGUUUGGAAGGGAUCUGGGUGAAAACUCAGUCUUUGGCAAUGGACUACUGGAGGUCGGUGAGGCCUACAAGCAGCUAGCUGAUAUCAAAGACAGUCUGGAUUUCAACGUCAGGCAGAACUUCCUUGAUCCUCUGGACCACCUGAGGACCAAAGAACUCAAGGAAAUAUCGCAUCACCGCAAGAAGAUGCAUAGUCGCCGACUCGACUAUGAUGGCAAAAAGCGGAAGGUGCAGAAAGGUUCCCAGAUCCCAGAGGAAGAGGUUAGCAUGGCGCGGGAGAAGUUUGAAGAGUCUAGGGAUAUUGUAAUGAAUGGAAUGGCCAACCUCGUGGAUAGUGACGUUGAACAAGUGAGGCAGCUGCAGGCAUUGGUAGAGGCUCAGCUUGAAUUCCAUCAACAGGCUCAAGAUAUCCUGAACCAGCUUACUUCCAGCCUUGGGGACAGGAUAAUGGAUGCUGAGAACCAGCCAAAGGCCUACAAGCCAAGGAGAGCAGUGACCAGUACACUGUCCAGUAACUCUCACACCACAACCUCUAUGGACAGUGAUGAUGAUGAUGACAGUGGUGUCCAACAGAUCUCAUACAAACCAACAAAUCCAGCUCCAGCACCAGCAGCUCCUAAAUACCAGGUUUGCAGGGCACUAUACGACUUUGAGCCCGAGAAUGAAGGGGAGCUUCCUUUCGGAGAAGGGGACAAUGUCACCAUAGUUAGUGAAAUAGAUGAAAACUGGCUGGAGGGAGAAUGCAAUGGAAAGUCCGGAUAUUUCCCGCGGAACUACGUAGAUUAUGAAUAAAUCCAAAUCGAUGACGUUAUCCUCCAUCAUGUCAAAAAUUUAAAAACAAAAGAAAAAAUUGUGUUUUAUUAAGUGAGAGAUACUAUACACACCAACUUAAUGGUGAUAGAAGGUCUGAACAUUUGAGUAAUUUAUUCUAACAAGACAGAUCAAUUUAGUAAUUACUUGUGAAAAUGAUUUAAAGAAAAGUUUUUUUUGGGGGGGGGGGGAAACAUACCAAUAUGCUGAAGGACUGAGCUUUUUGCUGAAGUUCUUCCUCUGGUGAUUUAUGGCAUUGAAGAACUCAAUUUGAAAAAAAAUAUCUAAUGAAGAUUACCCUCAGUAGUUAACUAUGUAAAAUUAUAGAAAAUAAAGAAAAGUUAUUUUGUUUUUAUUUAUUUAUUUUUUUAGUGGGAAAUACACUCACCAACUUACUGAGCUACUGAGCAUUUGGAAAAGUUCUUCCUUGUUCUUAGUCAUUGAACUAAAUUUGUUAUGAAUUCCAAAUGAGAUACUUUGCGGGACUUUUGAUGUGGGAAGUUUAAUCUUUUAUUAAUUUCUUUCUUUCAUUGGGGGGAUGUCUGUCUCUUUCUCAUUAUUUCUUCCUCUUUUUAAGAUUAAAUUCUUGCAUAAUUUUUUUUUCGAAAAGUUGCCCUCCAACGAUAUACAUGUAUGUAAUAUAUAUACAUACAUGUAUCUAUCAAAGCUGUUUCAUUAAAGUUCUGCAUGAUUUUACGAACAACUCUAACAUGUUUUUGUGGGCUUGAUUAGACUGUCCAUUCCUUUGAUCCCAUUAGCAGAAAUUUGAUGUUGCACAAGAACAUUUGAUAUUUGUCAAAAUUAUACUAUGAUUAAUUUUAAUCCGACUUAGUUGAAACAAAACAGGAAGUUUUGAUAGGCAUCUUCCAGUUUCUUUAAAGUCACACUAAGAUGAAAAAAUAUAUUAUGGGAGACAUGGCUGUAAACAAAAACGCAAUUUAAGGGGAGCAAGACGCAUAGAUAUGAAACUUUGAACAAACUUGAAAGCGAGGGAGUGAAGCAAGAGAGCAUGUCAUGGGGGCGCUUUUGCAUUUUUUCAAGUAAAAUGCCCCCCCCCCCUUCCCUGCUGCGUACAACCAUUAUUGGAUCACCUCAUUUUUUUGCAUUCUCUUUCAAUCCUAAAAUUAUCAUGCUAUUCAGCAGGGCCCCCGUACCACAAUGCUUAGCGCUUGAUCUUACGGCAUUGAUUGAUCAUUAUGUGCAGUCAAAAGCGAAGAAAUCAAAUGAACAAUCAAUCGCUGUGCUUCGUGGUAUAGUGCCACAGUCAAAAUAAUCAAAUGACAGUCAUCCUCACAAAAUGAACGGAAUCAAGGAGCUUUACAUUUUACUUUGUACUUAAACUGAAGGUAACCAAAAACAUUUUCUAUUGAAAAGAUAUAGGGUUAUAUGUGUAUUUUUAUCUCCCUCUCAUUUUUCUUUUUAUUCAUUCUUUGAUUUUUCUCUGAAUAUUUGAUGAAAGGUUUUAAUAACAACAUCUAAGAACAGUCUGCAUUUGUUGACAUUUAUAUUUAGUAUUGAAAAUGGCAAGCUGUAACCCUUUUCUUAUACAUUUUUUAAGGAAAUAUUGUUAAAGAAAAUGAUUGAUUUGCUUGGAGUGAUUAAUCUACCUUUUUCCACAUUUUGAAGUUUUAUUAUUUGUCUUUCCUUUUAUAUUUAUAUUUUUUCCAUGAUGUAUAUCAUCCUGUUGGCUUUGAUAUAGUGAUUAAAGAUGCAUUUGAAUAUCCCUCAUAUAUAUAUGUUGAUUGUUCUUAGUGUGCUGCAAGACAUGUGUAGGCCUAUGCUUUCCAUUGUACUCAGUAGUAUGGAAGACAUUCUACAUGUCUAAAAUAGCUGCUAACAGUGGUAUAUUAUUUUAAUUUCAAUUUCAAUUUGCAUUAAAUAAAUGUCAAUUUACAUUUUAUAAUUUACAAGUUAUGUUAUUUUAAACUUGAUUAAAUGUUUUCUGAGGGAGAUUUAUUUUUCAAACUUGUUUUUUGUCUUACAGGGAUUACCUUGAUUCUUCAGGGGGGGGGGGUCAGCGUAUACAUGUAUAUGGAACUAUGAAGAUUAUCUCGAUAUGAUUGACUAACUUCACUUAUAUUUUAUUAGGGGUGAAUUAAUUGAAGGCUUCAUGGAGAUAUAUUCACAUACUUUUUGAUGAGAUUUUUCAGCAAGCUGAUAUCCAUGAAUUUACACAAAUUUGUUUGAUUGUUGUUGCUUGUACAGUCAAAAUUGUUUGCUGAUGUAUACAAUAUGUUGUUUGAUUCAGUGAACCCUGUUUCAGCAGCCUGGCUGUAUAAAACUACCACCUUUUUAUGAAGACCACAAGUUGAAUACCUUUUCUCCAUGGAAACAUACAGGAAUUAUAUUCAUAAAAACCACAGACUGUUGUCUCCCUUUGGUAACCUUUAUAGACGGCCAAGACCUUGUGAAUUAUGCAUUUAGGAGGAAUGUAUAUCCUUUUAAUAGGGCUGUCUGCACCAGCCCAAGUUUUCAAUUAAUCGCGCUAUUUCUAAUCCGGCAAAUUAUCCCGAUCUGAACAAUCUCGAGAUUAUUUGUAAUGGAGACGCAAUCGCGAUUGUUCGCUGGAUUAAUCUAAGUCAACUUAUGAUUAUUUGCAAAAUAGCGCGCUAUUUACGAAUUAUCCCGCCAAUUCGCAGGUGCAGAUUCAAGAUUUGACUUGGGAUUAUUUAUUCACGGCAUCAGACAAUAAUGCAUCGAUGCCUCGCUCGAGCAUGAAUUGCUCUUCUUGUGCUGGUGGAGAUGGGGUUUCUUGAAUCUCGAGAUUAAUCGCGAAGAGGGUUGAUCGGGCUAAAAUCUCGAAAUUGAGCAAACUCGGGCUGGUGCAGCACCGCCUUACGUCUUUUUUCUCCAAUUUUCAGUUUAUUUCAGUCUUUAAACAAUGCAGGUACAGUACAAGAAAACAUAGUAAUCUUGCAAUGCUAUCUGAUGAACAUAAACAUGGGACUAAUGAUGAAUUUUUUUUGAUAAAAUGGAAAUAACAACUCACUGUUGCGAUGUUUCACCAAUUACCAAUUGAAUGAGAAUCACGAUGAGGGGGAUUCCCUUAUAAUGGGACUAUGAAAUAUUUGCCCAGUGGCAUAUUAAAAGUGUACAUCCAUUAUUCUACCUUACUUCCCUGGCUUGUUCAUCCAAACCUUUAUGCAUACCAGUACCACACAAAACUGGAAAAUCAGAAUUUUUUUAAAACUGUUGUAUUUAAGAUGAAUUAUUACAUGUAAGAGCGGUGGUCAUAUACUUGUACUUCAUUUUAUUUUCUAUUGAACAAUUUUAAUCUCCCAAGCAUGAGUUUGUGCAGAUAUUCCUGUCAAUACAAGCUUGGAAUAUGAUGAUCAAAAUCAUGUGAAGUUGUGAUUCCAAUUGGCUUGUGUGGAAAGUUAUGGUGGGAAUUUGCCAAUUGCAUCUCUGUCACUGUUCAUACAUACUAGAUUUGGAAUUUUGAUUAAGAUUCGUUUGGGGUAUAAGUCAUUCAAAUCAAGGGUGAAAGUUGUAUGUGCAGAUUUUAAUUAAUUCUAAUAGAGUCAUGCAACCAGUAACCUUGGAGCUAUAAAAAUAACAUGAUUCUCCAAAAUGUGAUCGGUUUAUUAUCAAGUUUGUGUUAUUUGUAGUUUAUAGUAUACAUGUAUAAUAGGCCUACUAGUUGACCUCGUCUUUUCUUUGAUUCUUUGUAUUAUUCAACAUCAAAAUAGUCUAUUUUACUACAGCUUUUGUAUUAUAUGUUGUGUCAUAAAGUUCAAUAUUAAUAUAUCUAUAUCUGUAAUUUUCAUGUAUGGAGGCAGUAUCCAUAUUUUGUCCAUUCCAAAUUUGUUUGUAUAUGUUGAAGAAAGCAACUAGGAAAACAGGGCAUGAUUUUGAUGAUAUUCAGUGAAAGUUUUAUGUUAUUAGCAAGAAGUAUAUUUAAUCCCUGGUCUUGUUAUCCUAUAUCCAUGGUGCAACCAUAAUCUCCUGGCAACCCAGAAUUUUAUUUUUACUCAGUGGCAUUUUAAGUACAGCUUCCGGUGUUCUAACCCCUAAUUUACACAUAAAAGUAUAGUACAGGAUUGGCUUUUUUCUUGUGCAUUAUAAGCCUUUUUGCUCCCCCCCCCCCCCCUUCACAAUUUCAGUGAAAAGGAAUUUUUUUUAAUAAAGAAUUGGGAGUACAAAUUCAAAAAUUUUAUUCAUGUAUUAAAAAUGCCAAUUUUUUACUCAUGGCUCUUUUUUUUUUUUGGGGGGGGGCUCAUUACCUACUGAUGGCAGCACAUAUGAAUAUAGAAUGACAAGUAAAAGAAAAUAUAAAACAAAAAAGAAUUGGAGUACAAGUUUAAAAAAUAAUCCUCCUUUUAUUCAAAAUUAUGUUUGAUUGUAGUUGCUUUAUACAGUAAAAAUUGUUUGCUGUUGUAUACAAUAUGUUUGAGACAGUGAACCCUGCUUCAGCAGCCUGGCUGUAUAAAACUAGAACCUUUUUUUAUAACGACCACAAGUUCAAUCGUUUUUCUCCAUGGAAACAUACACGUAUUAUGUUCAUAAAAAUCACAGACUAAUUAUCUCGCUUCAAAGGGAAACAGAGUGAAAUAUACAAUUUUAUAACAUGCUUGAUUAUCAUGAUUUAUUGUAUGUUGAAGUCAUUGCAAUCAAUCAAAAAGAGAUAUGUUCUACGAUCAUUCCUAAGCUUUGUGUUACGGGCCCUAGUUCUUAUACUGAAUGGUUUACCUUAUGUAGCUGACCUAGCACCAGAGUACUUGUUCCAGUCAUGUUAAUUUUGUGUGUCUGAAACAUGUGUAAAACCAUGUGUAACUUACAUACAGCUUUUUGAAAUACCACCCAGGGCCCUGUCUUACGAAGAGUUGCGAUUGAUCCGAUCAAUCUCAACUAUAGACGGCCAGCAACGUCAACAUCUGUUAUGCAUGUUUGUUCAAAAUAUUUUCUAUCGAUGAUGUAUAUUCAUGCAUUCAUUGUGCUUCUCUUUGUUUACAAAGGACAUUGUGCAAAUUUUCUGUAGAAAAAAUUAUGGUCUGAUGGAUCUUCAUAGAGUUACAAUUGAUUGGAUCAAUCAUAACUCUUUUUAAGAUGGGGCCCGGGUCUUGCUUACAUGUAGUUCAGUAUCUUUGCUGUUAGUCUGCUAAUCUAGACUCUGUCAGUUAGCAUUGCAUUAGUGAGGAGUCCAGGAAUCAGGGGCCCAUCGUAUAACACUAAUUAACAGUUGUUAAUUUUGUUGAAACCUGUAUUUUGAUUGGUUGUUAGUUAUUGUAACCAUGGAGAUAACCAUGGACAUUAGUGACAACAUUGUACAACAGGGAUUCUAUAUAUUUGGUGUACCAGUGAAAGAUUACCGUCCAUAUUUUCUGCAUCUAGGGGUUUUUUUCUGCCUCUGUCUACUUAGAACAAACUGUUGAAAAUUGAGCAGACAUUUAUGUGGGCUUAAGUCAAUUAAAGAUGAUUUAACCUGUUGGAAACUGAAUGAUUAUGCUAUAACAUGGGCUUUCCAUAGUCUUACCCGAAUAUAUGUGGGCUCAAUCUCCUACAGGCUAAAGUAUAAUCAUCUGGUCUCCAACAGGCUAAAGCGUAAUCAUCCAGUCUCAAACUGGUCGAUGCAAUCAGUAGCAAUUAAUGGGGGGAGUGAAAUGCUCUGUGCCUUCAAGCAUCUUAUGGCUGGAGUAUACUGAUUGAUGUUGAGCAGUUCAGGAAUUGCUGAAGAGAAGUACAAAAGAAUAAUCCCCAUGCUUUGCUCAUGUUGCUAAGGGUACUCAAACCAGUCAAGGGUUUCCAAAAUCAUUGACGAUCUGAAUGGCUUCUUAGCUAAGUUGAAUGGUCAGUUUGUUGUCAGUCUAGGGUCAGUUAAUAGAGUUAAUUAAUGAUUUUAUAUAGAGUUUGUAUAUUACAAUUAUCAUAUAGCUGCUGAUAUAAAGAUAGUAUGAAGAUUCCUUAAUGUAUAUUCUUAUUGUAGUAUUAUCUAUAUUCAUCUUCAAGUUAGGUUAUCGGUCAGUGGUUGUGUUUGACACAUUUUCUUUCACAUUAAAAGGAUUUUUACUUCCUGAGAUAUAUAUCAUAUAGCAUUUCAGUAUUUUCUACUCAAAGGCAAACAAACUUUCCAAUACGGUGGUUUGUAGGUGUAUGCUAAGUUUUUAUUCAAUUCUAAUUGAAUUUUAAAUAAAAUCAUCAUUA